CAAAAGAGAGCAGAGCCUACUAUAUAUCCAAAUUGAAUUAAUUUUAAGCAGGCUUUGAACUGUUUGUAAAGGUGUUAUGACCACAAAACAACUUUCUAAGAUGAUCACAGACUGAUCAGUGCCCAUAAAAAAACAGUAUGAUCUGUUUAAAGAAUGCCUCACCUCCUUCCAAAAGGAUGACAAUCCCUAAUAAGUUGCAGAGUCAGUUUAAGCUUGUGCAUAGCAAUGCAGUCUGUAUAUUUUUCAAUAUUUUGUUAAAGGUGGAAGGAAAAGGAAUAGGGAAGUAGGAGGAGAAGAAUCCAGGGAAUGAAACAAGGGAAUAGAGGAAGGAGGUGAGGAUCCAGGUGGAAGCAGAAAGGACAAUGAAGAGGGUGCAGAUGGAGUAGGGGAGGAUAGGCUCCGGCCUCGAUCGGCGAAUGGCGAGCCCUUAGGAGUUGCGAGAGGCAGAGUGACAAGGAUGAGGCGCCUCCUCUAACACGGAAUUACACGUCGACUACAAAAUGACUUCCAUCAAGAAGAUCCCCAGCGUGUUGGGCACGAGGAGGGCUAACACGCUCGAGCAAGAGAGGGACCAUUUCGAGAGAUCUCAGGAGGCCAGUUUCCGCAAGGCUGUAAAUGAUGAAGAGGUCCCCGUUAAGAUGAAACAUGUGAGGAAUCUCAUCAUUGGAACGUUCACUGACAAGAGUGCAGACCUCUUUUGGCGGAAUGUGGCUCUAAAUCCCCCGAUAAACACUGAUGUUACAGCCUGGAAAUUCUGCCACUGCCUUCAUGUUGUCUUCCGUGAUGGUCAUCCCAAUGUCCUACGGGACUCACAGCGUCAUGUAAACAGAAUUAAAGAUACAGGACAACAUUUUCGCCAUUUAACACAUGGUUAUGGCCGAUUGAUUAGGUUUUAUUGUGACCUGCUGGUGACCAAGUUAAGCUUCCACCAGCGUUAUCCUCGGUUCCCUGGUGCUCUCACUGUCACGCCAGAAGAACUUGAAGCUUUAGCAGAAAAUGAUGCCAACAAUUAUUUUGAAUUGGCAGUUGAGAUGCUGGAGUAUAUGGAAUGCAUUUUAAAUCUGUAUGAAGCAGUAUUCAGUUCCAUGGACCCAUCAAGAGCAAACUCCAUGACACGUUCUGGACAGUGCCGGUUGGCACCUCUGAUCCCAAGUAUUCAGGAUUCCUCGUGCCUCUAUGACUGUAUUGUCCGCAUCCUUUUCCAGCUACAUAAAGUUCCCAGCAAAUAUAAGCCCACUCUUCAAUCCCUGCCAACGGAUAUGCUGAGUGGUCACCGAACAAGAUUUUACAAGCAGUUCCAACAGCUUCAGCAGUUUUAUAACAACACUAGGAAUCUCCAGUAUUUCAAGGGGUUGAUUCAGGUUCCUGCUUUGCCUCAGGAUCCACCAAACUUUCUGGUGGAGGCUGAACUGAGAAGUCAUGUGGCUCCAGUAGUGGUAGUGGAGGAACAGCCAGACCCAGUGGACCUCUCUGACACCCUGCUCAUCGACACCUCGGAGCCAGAGCCACCUCCCAUACCACCACAUCCGGAUCUCAUUGAUUCGCACAAUGGAUCCCUUGCUGAGGUUGUGGCUGAGAGAGAGUCGCUGAUUGAUGCCCUUCAUGGAGAGCUGGAAGCCAUGCGAGCAGAAGUACAAAGAGCUCGGUCCCAAGCCACCCACAACGAAGAACAACUGAGACUGCGGAUUAAUGAUCUGGAGUCAACCAUUGCAGAGCUUGACAGUGAAUUGUUAGCAGAGAGACAAAGCAGAGAAUCAAUCCUAGCUCAGGUAGAAGCUGCUGCUGCCAGUGCUGAAGCAGUCACUCGUCUGGCUGCAGAGGAAACCAGGAGGAGAACAGCAGAAGAGAAGUUCGUAAAAAUGAAGGAUGUUUAUCAGAAAUUACGUGAUGAGCACAUCAAUCUCAUCAGGAGUAAAGCGGAAUUAGAUAAGGAACUUGGCCAGGCUCGUGAAGCCUUAUCAACAAGUCAGCGCAGCCAAGAUGAGGCUGUAGCUAACCUUCAGCGGUUACAAGCACAGAUGGUCCAUGAAGCAGAAACCCAGCAAAGCUCAGUACAAUCAGCACGGCAGGAAGCCCAGUCACUUCACCAGCAACUGAAUGCAGCAAGGACAGAGAGGGAUGAGGCCUUAGGUCAAGUGAAGGAGUUGCAGGCCGGCAUGUCUAACCUUCAAAGCCAGUUGGAUGCACAGGCUGUCAAAUUUGCUUCUGAGGCUCAAGGACUACAUAACGAGUGGGAGUCUGGAGUUCACAAGUGUGUAGAAGGAGCAGUAGAUGGGGCACUUGUCAUUAUGGCUAAUGCACUCUCGCAUUUUGACCAUGAAGCCCACACUGCUGUUAAAUGCACACCAGAAUAUACUUUGGUGUACCAGACCUUGGUGGAUAAUGCUUUAUCAAGUCUUUCAAAUGCCUAUGAGACUUAUUUAAAUAAUUUCAAUACUGCACCAAGCCUGGUAGCCAGCAUUUCCAAUGCUGCUCAUUUUGCAUCUGUUUUUCUGCUUUAUGCUAAAGCAACAUCACAUACAAGUCCAAACAUUGAACAUGCUGAAAAUCUUGUAGCAGCCUUAGAAGUGUUUGCCAAGAAAUGCAUGGAAACCAUGGAGAGAAUACGCUCCAAGGAAAGCAUACAGGACAUUCCUCUCAUAAAGGAGCAGUUUGACAGGUGUUGCACACUCGUGUCUCUUUGUGAGGAUCAGACUCCAAGAGAGGAGGAUAUGGCAGAGGUUGUCCAGCGGGAGAUGGAGGCAAUGGACUUGGCCAUUAGAGACGCUGUUGAUAAGUUCACUCGACUCCUGGAGAACUCCAGAGCAAAUGACACUGGAAUGCAGCUUGAGAUUAAGUUUGGAAAGGUCAAUGAAAGUAUCCUGGGAACCUGCAGUGACCUCAUGGCAGCAGUAAGACAGUUAGUCGUAAGAGCGUCAGACUUGCAGAGAGAGAUUGUUGCUGCAGGGAAAGGGGGAGCCUCACCUCGAGAGUUCUACAAACGCAACCACCGCUGGACGGAGGGCCUUCUCUCGGGUGCUAAGGCUGUCGCAAUUGCCUGCCAGGCUCUUAUGUCUGCUGCUGAUCAAGUUGUAAGUGGAAAAGGAAAGUUUGAGGAAGUCAUUGUUGCAUCGCGUGAGAUUGCUGCUUCCUCUAUGCAGCUGGUCAUGGCUUCAAGGGUGAAGGCUGACAAGUCUAGCCAGAAAAUGGCUGACCUCAGUACUACUGCCAAGCAAAUUUCGACUUUGACAGGAACAGUGGUGGCAACUGCUGAAAAUUGUAGAGACAAGAUUUCUACUGCUUCAACCCUAGAUUUUUCGAAAUUGAGUUUGCACUCGGCGAAGCGCUUAGAAAUGGAGACCCUAGUGAAGAUGCUGGAGACAGAGAAGCAGCUGGAGAAUGAGCGGACAAAGCUAGCAGAACUACGCAGACACCAUUAUAAGCUUGCUGGAGAGCUUGAAGGAUGGGAUGAAGAGGAUAUCCCAAAAUAGGAGGCUGAAGUGAUGACUUACUUCUAGGUAGAGCUAUGAUGUAAAGAGACUAUUUUGUAUACUGAAUAUUGGCAAUUGAAUAAUGUGAUGUUGAUAAAAUCUUUAAAACCGGGGGUUUAUACUACUAGUUUCACAUACAUCCAGACUAAGUACCAUGUUGUGACAUUGUUACUGGACACUACACACAUUGUUUGGAUUGGGAAAUUAGAUGCACUGCGACUGGGAUAUGAAAGUCUAAAAUGAAGGAAUGUGUAUGAAAGAAACUUUCUGCUUAUAUGUAAGUGGAAAAUUGAUAUAAAUCUAUAUAUAUUUUUAUUUCUUUUUAAAAGAUAUACAUAUAUUUAUGCAAUUACUGAUGCAUAAGGUUUUAUUAAUUUUCAUAAGAGGUAUUGUUUUAUUCAUUAAUUUUUUUUAAUUUUUUUUUGGUAAAAGGGGUAUUACUGAUGUUGAAUAUAGUGUUGGCUUUGAUAAUGGAAAUAAGUAUGAUUAUUUUAGAUGCACUAUUAUAAAUGAUGUAUUUUAGUGUCUUGUUCUCUUAUUAGUUAUUGUAAUAAUAAGGGUAAAGAAAAUGUGAAAGAUAUGAAACGAAUAAUGGACUUGCAGUAAUGAUAAUGAUAUAAUAAAAAAAUAUAUAUAUAAUAAUAAUUAUAAUAAACUUUAUGCAGAUGUUAAUUCUAAUAAUAUCAGUGAUGGUGGGGAUAAAUGAUAUGCAGAUGAUGAUGGUAUCAUCAUAAUCUUUAUUGUUAUUGUUGUUGUUGUUGUUGUUAUUAUUAUUAUUAUUAUUAUUAUUAUUAUUAUUAUUAUUAUUAUUAUUAUUAUUAUUAUUAUUAUUAUUAUUAUUAUUAUUAUUAUUGCUACUA